UUUUUGUUUUCUUCGGCUAUUCAUUUCGUGAUCGUCGCGGAGCAUACAUAUACGCCGGAUCGCCCUGUCGCGGCGCUUGAGUUUGGCUGGCCCAGCAUCAAGUUCCGAUUGUUCUAAAUGUUUUCUAUGCCUACCGACCACCAUCUACUAUCUACGAAUCGCCUCUAGUUGCGACCGUCUCCCGCUCUCCGUCUCCCGUCCUUCGUCCUCCGCCCCUCUCGUGACCAACCCACCAGUCCUCCUCCACAAGGGUCCUCACGAGACAACUACUUCAUCGCCACAUUCUCUACUUUUCUGCGACCAGCCUAUAUACUUUGAAAGAUUACCUGAAGCCGUUUGAAUUCAAUCACGCCUGUGCUAUCACCACCACCGCGAACUGCCUUAGAUAACCGAGGCCACGCUAGCGGGCGAGUAGCGGGCGCUGCGGUUCCAGGGCACAACUUUGGACUGCCGCCGCGUGUUGAACUCAACCGAUUCUUCAUUCAACGCAAUGGAAAGCACACAGUCGAAGGAGGAAAUGGCAGUAGCCGCACCCCCCUCCUUUACGUCGAUCUUCGGUGGUUCAGCUGAGGUUGUGGAGGAGAUCGAUGCCGAUGCCGCGCAUAGUCAACUGCCGCCCCACAGUCACAGCAACGUAACAGCAACUUCGGCGAAGCUGGUGGGCAAAAGUGUCGCCCCUUUCCUCGCCAAACACGUCCCCGACCAAUACGCCCCCUUGGGAUCACAAAAUCGGGAUCCUACCGAGCUGAGCAGCGCCAAUUCCCGCUAUUGUUAUCGACAUAGGCCAGACCGCAAGUGUCGACGGCAGGCCGACGAACCUUCAAUGGACAAAUUGCAACGGGAGUUGGAAUCGCUCCCCCAGAGCGACCAGCAGGGCAUUGCGCAUGUCUGGUCGCUCUUCUCCGCCGCCCCAGCGAAGCAUCGAAAACUCAUCCUUCAGGGAAUUAUGGCCCAAUGCUGCUUCCCUCAGCUCUCGUUCAUCUCCACCACGGUGCGCGACCUGAUCCGAAUCGAUUUCAUCGCUGCCCUUCCUCCGGAGAUUUCUUUCAAAAUUCUCUGCUACCUGGACACGACCUCGCUGUGCAAGGCUGCGCAGGUUUCGCGACGCUGGCGGGCAUUGGCGGAUGAUGAUGUGGUCUGGCAUCGGAUGUGUGAGCAGCAUAUUCACCGCAAGUGCAAGAAAUGUGGCUGGGGCCUUCCCCUUCUCGACCGCAAGAGGCUUCGCGAAUCCAAGCGCGAGAUCGAACUACGCGCCACAACCUGGGACAUGAAAGGGCCGUCACCGAGCCCGACUCCUGCGCUCACCGAAGGUGCGUCGCCCGCGGUCGAGAGCUCCAGCUUAGGCAAACGGAAACCUGAGCCAAGCGACGAAGAGACCGCCAUGAUCAAGCGCCAUUGUCAGUCGCUAGGCGGGCUCUCGGAAGGCAAUGAGGAUUAUUUCAAGACCCGAUACCGACCCUGGAAAGAGGUGUACAAGGAUCGGUUCAAGGUGGGCACGAACUGGAAGUAUGGCCGGUGUUCCAUCCAAACCUUCAAGGGCCACACCAAUGGCGUCAUGUGCCUGCAGUUUGAGGACAACAUCCUGGCCACCGGAUCUUACGAUGCCACCAUCAAGAUUUGGGAUACCGAAACGGGCCAGGAGCUCCGGACUCUUCGAGGACACGAAUCGGGAAUACGCUGCCUGCAGUUUGAUGACACCAAGUUGAUCAGCGGCAGUAUGGACCGCAGCCUGAAGGUGUGGAACUGGCGCACCGGCGAGUGUAUCUCGACUUAUACUGGUCACCGUGGCGGCGUGAUCGGGCUGCAUUUCGACGCCAGCAUUCUUGCAUCCGCGUCGGUGGACAAGACCGUGAAGAUCUGGAACUUUGAGGACAAGUCGACAUGUCUCUUGCGCGGCCACACCGACUGGGUCAACGCUGUCCGGGUGGAUACUGCUUCUCGCACGGUAUUUUCGGCCUCGGAUGACUGUACGGCUCGGCUUUGGGAUCUGGAUACCAAGACCUGCAUCCGCACGUUCCAUGGACAUGUGGGACAGGUCCAACAGGUGAUCCCUCUGCCCCGGGAAUUCGAAUUCGAGGAGCAUGAUGUGGAGUGCGAGAAUGACAACCUCAGUACGGUCUCGGGGGAUACCGAGCCUGCCUCUCUUCAGGCAACGCUUGGCCUCGAGUCGAACGCGGUGAUUUCACAAAACUCGCCGUUCGGUCCUUCCUUCGAGGCUGGCCGGCCGGCACCUCCUCGCUACAUUGUGACUAGUGCGUUGGACUCGACGAUUCGCCUGUGGGAGAUUAGCACCGGCCGAUGCCUGCGUACGUUCUUCGGACAUCUGGAGGGCGUGUGGGCUCUGGGAGCCGAUACGCUCCGGAUUGUGUCCGGGGCCGAAGAUCGGAUGGUUAAGAUCUGGGAUCCGCGCACCGGCAAGUGUGAGCGUACGUUUACGGGUCAUUCUGGGCCUGUGACGUGCAUUGGGCUGGGUGACAGUCGAUUUGCUACCGGUAGCGAGGACUGCGAAGUGCGGAUGUACAGCUUCCAGAGCUAGUCUGGGUUGUGGUCAUCUCUUCCGCUCUCGUGCGGGUAUAAUGUUGUUUUUCACGAUGGAUAUCCUUUACAAGCGGGUUUUCUUUGGUUGGGACGGGUCAUGAAGGGUGGUGUUAAGCUGUUUCUUCGGGUAUGGGUAUGGGUCUGGCGUUGGGCUUGGAAAUUGUACUUUACCAAAUAACAAAGAACGAUUAAUCUUCC